AGGGGGCUAGAAAUGCCACACUAUGGUCUCUUCCACAGCAUUCUGGACACAUUCUUUCUGAAAUCUGGUUUCAUUGAGAACAUUGUUAAUCCAGAGUCAGUGCAUGGGAAGACAAGGAGUGACUCCAGAUGCACAGUGGGGCAAACGAGAUUAGCAAUUCUCCCUGUGAGGAGGGUCUCUCAUUAGCUACUCUCCCCAGAGAGCUAAAGGAGGGAAGCUGCUCAAACACUGUGUCCCUCUCUGCUCAGGAUAUUGGGGUUCAGCUUCCUGGGUCAGAUGCUGCAGCCUCCAUUGUGAUCUGGGAGACCAGGCUUAGCAGCUGCUGCUCCCCCAGCGGGGGUUCUGUGCUGGGAUGUGACCUCAAUUAAAGCUGCUUCUCUGCCCGGCCCAGGGGAUGACUUUCUCCAGCUGAUACUAGCCCCUUGGGGCAGCUCUGGGCCCUGUUAAUACAAAUUCUGAGCCAGAGUCUCCAGGUAACUGAAAGACCUCAGGAAAAGUGCUGGGGACUGGCAAGAAAGUGACUCUGCGCAAACAGCCCCUUGUCAUUUCUCCUCCCAUUAGCAAUUGCCAGGAGAAAAUCCAGCCAUUGGAGAGCAAAGCCCCCAGGAAUGGGACUUUCCCAGCCAGAGGAGCAGGGAGAGAGGACAGGGGAAGGAGAGACUGAAAGGGGCAGUGGGAGAAAUGAGUGGGGGGAGAGAUUUCCAGCUCUCUAGUCCACCCAGACAUAGGUAUUGCAGCAUCGUUGGGCAGAACCACUUUCCAGUGAACAAGAAAAGGCUCAGACAGAGGAAAAGCUGGUUCUUGACUCCAUAUUUGCCCUGCUGGGAUGUGGCUGCCUUUGGUCAGUGUCCGAGGGAAUCCCCCACAGUGACUCCUUUGGUUCUGCUCUUUUCUAGCCUUGUGUUCAGAGACUUUGUUAGGGGGUGAGGGGAGGGAGAAAGGAGGUUAAAAAUGUCUGUGGGCUUAGCCUGGCAAGAGGGGCCAGGUUUACACUCUAAUAAAGAGAUCAAGCAUGUUCCUAGCACGGCAGAGUCUAGGAUAUCUGUCUGGAAGGAAAGGACCUGGGGGAAUCGUGAUGUGAAAUUAACUAAAGCCUGUUCUGAAACCUCCACAACUGCCCUUCUCGCCCUGCCAGGGCUGCAGAAUGAUGUCCAUGUUUUUCUCCAGCUUAUCCCAUCCUCCCAUGACACAGGGAAGAGAAAUGGCUGCAGUGGAGCCAGCCCAGGGUUUCCAGUUUCCAAACCUCAUAUAAUCUCCAAGCUGGAACAAGGGGAAGAGCCCUCGGUCCCAGACCUCCGGGGUUCAGAGGAAAGAGAGAUCCUGAGAGUUACCUGCACAGCAGGUGAUGCAAUGGUAUGUGAGAAAGAGGAGCAGAAUUCUCAGCAGGAAAAUGUUGAGCAAGUGGCUAAAGACGGAGAAUUAUCGCAGAGAUCGAAAAGGAAUGUGUCCAGGAGUCAUGAGCAGGGAAAAUGCUGUGAGAUUCAGCACAGACCAGAAAGAGAGCAAGGAAACCAUCCAGGGGAGAAAAUGGGUAAAUUUAUUUACUGUCAGGGAACUCAGAAGAGUGUCAAAGAAACCACAACACAGCAGGAAAUCCUCAUGGGAAAGAGGAAAAAUACAUGCACUGAGUGUGGGAAAAGCUUCACUUGCAGCUCAGCCCUUUCUGUUCAUCAGAGAAUCCACACAGGGGAGAGGCCCUGUGAAUGCCGUGAGUGUGGGAAAAGCUUUAUUACCAGCUCAGGCCUUUUCAAACAUCAGCGAAUCCACACAGGGAAGAGGCCCUUUGGAUGCAGUGAGUGUGGGAAAACCUUCACUUACAGAUCAACCCUUUCUCAACAUCAGCGAAUCCACACAGGGGAGAGGCCCUAUGAAUGCUGUGAGUGUGGGAAAAGCUUUAUUACCAGCUCAGGCCUUUCUCAACAUCGGAGAAUCCACACAGGGGAGAGGCCCUUUGUAUGCAGUGAAUGUGGGAAAACCUUCACUUACAGAUCAAUCCUUUCUAAACAUCAGAGAAUCCACACAGGGGAGAGGCCCUAUGAAUGUCAUGAGUGUGGGAAAACCUUCACUCACAGCUCUCACCUUUCUGGGCAUCAGAGAAUCCACACAGGCGAGAGGCCCUAUGAAUGUCAUGAGUGUGGGAAAACCUUCACUCACAGCUCUCACCUUACUGGGCAUCAGAGAAUCCACACAGGAGAGAGGCCCUAUGUAUGCAGUGAGUGUGGGAAAACCUUCAAUCACAGCUCUCACCUUCUUGCCCAUCUCAGAAUCCACACAGGAGAGAGGCCUUAUAUAUGCAGUGAUUGUGGGAAAACCUUCACCUACAGCUCAGGCCUUUCUAAACAUCAGAGAAUCCACAUAGGGGAGAGGCCCCAUAAAUGCAGUGAUUGUGGGAAAAACUUCAUUCACCGCCAGCAGCUUAUUAGCCAUCAGAGAAUCCACACAGGUAUGAGACCCAAUGGAAGCAGUGAGUGUGGGAAAACCUUGUCUUGCCACUCAGCCCAUGUGAGCCAUCAGAGAAUCUGCAAGGGGGAUCAACACCAUAAAACCCUCUAGGGCUAUCAAUGCUUUAAUACUUUCCUGAUUCCCACAGAGUAACUUUUAAAAGCUGUUUGAAGCACUGAUAUCCCUCAGCUUGUCCAGAUGAAUGAGUGGCCCAUUUUUGCAUUUUGCAGUUUGACCUCUUUCAGAUGGACUCGUUUGUCCUUUCUAUCAACUCCAUUCUCUCAUGAGUAAUUCUAGUGUGCACUUCCUAUCAGGAACUAGGGAGCAUCACAUUUAUACCAUUCCUCCUAUUGCAAAGUUCUUGUUAGUCACCAGUGAUACAGAUUGUAUCAUGGCCAAUUGUUCUCAUGUUGUGCUAAAGAGCAGUUAUAAUGGGAUCUUUUCAUAUUAGAUUUAAGUGAAGAGGAGCAGGGGCAGGAAAAAAGUGUCAUGUCAGCCUCUGUGAUACUGGAAGGAGAUGUAAAAACCGACAGAGUCCUGUGGCACCUUAUAGACUAAAAUACGUAUUGGAGCAUAAGCAAUAUACCAAAACCUGUAGAAGAACACUUCAAUCUCCCUGGAUACACAAUAACAGACUUAAAAGUAGCUAUCCUGCAGCAAAAAUACUUCAGGGCCAGACUUCAAAGAGAAACUGCUGAGCUUCAGUUCGUUUGCAAAUUUGACACCAUCAGCUCAGGAUUAAACAGACUGUGAACGGCUAGCCAACUACAAAAGUAGUUUCUCCUCCCUUGGUGUUCACACCUCAACUGCUAGAAGAGGGCCCCAUCCCCCCUGGUUUAACUAACCUUGUUAUCUCUAGCCUGAUUCUUGCUUGCAUAUUUAUACUCGCCUCUGGAAAUUUCCACUACAUGCAUCUGAUGAAGUGGGGCUUCACCCGCAAAAGUUUAUGCGCCAAUGUCUGUUAGUCUACAAGGUGCCACAGGACUCUUUGUCACGUUUUACAGAUCCAGACUAACACAGCUACCCCUCUGAUACUUGGAAGGAGAUGGGGUGACUCAGAGAUUUCCUCCUUCCCCAUCAUGGCAGAACGGUUAAACUCUGCCUGGCUCAGACAAAAGGUAUCGUCAUCACAUUCUACCCCUCCACUUCUCAAAUUGUCAUGUGAUGAAGUGUUCUCAGUUGUCUGAUUUUGGAGAUGAUGCUUUGACUUAUUUAAUCCUAUACCAGAGUUGCUAUGACGAGAUGAAAGUAUCAACAACCGGGAAGGGGAAUUCAAAUGGAUUCUAAAUGCAGUGUGAUCAUUUCGAGUUUAAAUCCCAGGUUCCAUCUAUUGGUAAAGCCAAUAAUGGCAAGGUGGCUGCUUUUUCCCCAUUAUGGGAAUGCUAGGAUAACAUAACUGACUAUUGAGACAGUGCUCAAUGAAAUCUGUUUGAAUGGAUCAGAGGAGAAUGUGAUGGGAGAAUAUCUUGUCCUGAUUCUAAAUAAUUAGAUGUAACCUGCUCUGGAAUUUCAGUUUACACUUUCAUUGUCAUGUAUUCUCUCUCUCUGUGAUCUGGGUUUCUAUCUUUCUUGAUGGCUGUGUGGUCACACAAUUAGAUAUUAGUUCAGCUCAGAUUUAUUGGAGAAUUUAAGACAAAUGACCAUUUGCUGAAGUCAUCAUUUCUCACUUCAGCUUUGCUUUUUCCCCAUCCUUCCAUGAUGACAUGGAGAAAGUUCAAGUGCAGCUCUGUCAAUAGGAGAGAACUCUCCAAUUUACUGGCCAUGCUAACAAAGACACAGCAGUGAUUUAAAAUCUCCACUUGGACAUGGUGAACAGCAGCAGACCCCCGACUAACUGAAGGAAGUGCAUAUGACCACAAUGUAGUUCAAUUUUUUAAAUCAAUAUUGUCUCAGAUGGCUAUGUUGGCAGGCGAAGGCCUCCUGCUAAUGUAGCGCUAUCUACACAGGGGAUUAGAGAUGUGUAACUAUGUUGCUAAGCUGUGUUGAUUUUUCACACCCCUGAGCAAUAAUUAUACCGAUAAAUGUCUUUAGUGUAGACCAGACAGUUUUCUCUUGUGUUUUCUGCAUUUGUAUUACUUCUCCCCUACUUCCUACUACUUCGAAAGAUUUAAAGUGUGAAAAGAGGUAUUUUUCCUCAUGAUGCUAACAUUCCCACAUAGGAGACACCUUCCACCAACACGCAUGGCAGAAGAACCAGAGGUAUAUGAACUCACAGAAGUGUUGGGACAGACCACAACUUGAGCCCAGGUUCAGUUGUUGGCAAUGGGCAUUAAAAGAAAACUAACGUAUGUGACCAGAAUUUGUGAUCUUUGAAUAUAUUAGUGUUACUAGUGAAAAUGAAAUGAUAGGUGAUGUUAUUGGUUAAAGAGUAAGAGACUAAUUGUUUGAUAAUCUGAAUUAUUUUGGAAAACUGAAAGUUGUCUUGUUUUCUUUUUUUAGUUGUACAGGAAAUGAUGGUUAAUCUUCAAAAGUUAAUUUGAUUUAAUUUACCCCCUGUAGUGUAAGGAGUUCUGGUAGAAAACCUCACUCCAAAGGUUGGGGUGGGAGAAUAGGUGUUAGAAAGAGUGUAUAAGAGAAUAUUGGGUCUGUGUAGAUUUUAUUUUUUUGUAUUUCAGAUAGAGCAUAUUUUGCUUAGCUUCAAAGUCAAUUUCUAUUAAAAGGAAAACCACUCGAGGAGACAAGUUGUAGAAGUUUUUACCCACUUACACUGUAAGCAUCAUUGACUUCCCCACUUCUCUAAUUUGCAAAGAAAAGGCCUGACAUCUGUCAUAGAAUGUGUCCAGCAGGUAGGAAAGUUGCAGUUGGCAACCAUCAAUACCAAGGAAAAGGCUGAAGUCCAUUGCCUUUCAUAUCUAAAAGCCAUCUAGAGGCUGGUCUACACUGAAAAGCCAUGUUGACAUGGCCACAUCUCUCAGGAGUGUGAAAAAUCCACUCCACUGAGAGAAGUAGUUAAUGUGACCUAAGCCCCAGUAUAGACAGGGUUAUGUUGUCAGAAGAAUAUUUCCAGUGUUUGAAGGGUAGACAUAGCCUUAGACAGAUUGAUCCCCUCUGGGAAACGAGUCAUGACAUCAAUUCCAAUUUUGACCCAUCUCCCUAUAUGUGAGAAAGCUGCUAGUAUGGAGGGCUGAGCCAGCUGUCCGAUGACCUGGUUCAGCUGAGGGAAAAGCUCUUAAUACCCAUCAGUCCAAAGACUGAGAGAAAUGUAGAGUUCCAACCAUUGUCAUUUUAGUAUUUUAUUGUUCCUUUCUCUUUUUUUUUGUGUUGGCCUUUCUGUUCUAUCAGAGUGUGACUGUAUAGCUCAGUGCAUGUGUGAUAAAUGCUCUUUGGUGCCAUUUGGCAGAGAGGUCAAAGUAAUUCACAAGAAACUCCUGCCUCAGACCUGACAAACUCACACCUAAUGCACUGAUUUUUAUGAUAUUUAUCCAGGAAGCAUAGCAGUGAGAUCUCUACUGAAAGCUUGUAAAUUAUUGUUACUCCUGGUCACUGCAAGAGGUGUGUAUGAGUCCUAUUGAAGGAGUCAUGUAAGUAUAUGGAAAAUUAUGCCCAUAUGGUAUUGUCAUGAAAGUGAGUCACCCCAAUCAAAGGUCUUGCUGGGAAUGGCCCAUUCAAGUGGGAGGGAAUUGUCACCCAUCCCUUGCUUGCCAGUUUUGUGAUGUGUUGCUGCAUUGUCAACCUUUGUACCAGCCCAGAAAAGCCAAUGGAAAACUAUCAAAGACAAAUUAUAGACAUCGAAACCCUGUGGCAGUGUAAACAACAAUAGGACCAUUUCCUCAUUGUCAUUUCUGUGAAUAUACACAAAAUACUGAUUCAUUUUAUAACAGGGUGGAGAGAAACACUCUGGGUCCAUUCACCAAGGAGAUCACUAAUGACCAGUGGUGCUCCUAGGAACUAGCAAUCACUGCAAUAGACUGUCACCUCUGACUUCAAUCUACUUAGGUAGGAAAGGUAACUAUUAAGAAGUGUUGGUUGCAUUUUGUGAUUUUGUUUUGUUGGUAACAGUUGGUUUCCAUCAUUCACGUUUGUUUGUUUAAAUCUCUGUCCCUUGUUAAAGAAAUUUCCCUUUGUUCAAUAACUGUGCUCAAGUGCUAUGUGUGAUCCAGUAGCAGUGGGCUACAGUAAAACUGGUAACCUGGGAUGUACCAUUGCUUCGGGCAGAGAGGAUCUGGGAUUUUUCUGAGCCCUGGUCUACUCUAGGGGUGGGAAUCAAUCUAAGUUAUGCAACUUCAGCUACAUGAAUAACGUAGCUGAAGUCGAUGUACUUAGAUCGACUUACCAUGGUGUCUUCAUCGCGGUGAGUCGACUACUGCAGCUCCCCAGUAGACUCUGCUUGCGCCUCUCACCAAGCUGGAGUACAGUGGUCGACGGAAAAGUACUCGAGGAUCGAUUUUAUUGCAUCUACACUAGAUGCGAUAUAUUGACCCCCCCACUGGAUCGAUCGCUGCCCGCCGAUUCGGCAGAUAGUAUAGACAUGCCCCGAGUAUCUGGUGAUUGGAGCUGGACCCCAGAGGGGACACAUUAAAGGAACACGGGGGUUAAGGUUCCUUUAUUGCCAACUGUCAAGGUUGCUGUAGCUCAGAGGAGGGUGCUUGGCUGUCUGACAGGCUGGUGAGUUUGGUCACUAACAUCCAGCUGCCAAAUGCAAAAGUCCCUCUUCCUCGUGGCAGGUGGCCACAAGCAGACUCACGGCCCUCAGCAACCUGGGAAGGGUCACAAUGUCCAUCUAUGUUGAUUCACACAGGGAAAGCUCCCUAUAAUAUAAAACUCUGCCCUAUGAAAUCAUGGAACAUGUGCUCUUUGCUCUGUGAAAGCACACAAAGAAUCCAAGCGCUGGAGUGUAGGGUUUGGGUCCAGAGGGACCUAGACAAAUUGGAGGAUUGGGCCAAAAGAAAUCUGAUGAGGUUCAACAAGGACAAGUGCAGAUUCCUACACUUAGGAUAGAAGAGUCCCAUGCACCACUACAGGCUGGGGACAGACUGGCUAAGUGGCAGUUCUGCAGAAAAGGACCUGGGGAUUACCGUGGACAAGAAGCUGGAUGUGAGUCAAUAAUGUGCCCUUGUUGCCAGGAAGGUUAACAGCAUGCUGGGCAGCAUUAGUAGGAAUGUUGGCAGCAGAUCGAGGGAAGUGAUUAUUCUCUUCUAUUUGGCACUGAUGUGGCCACAUCUGGAGUACUGCAUCCAGUCUUGGGCCCCCUGUUACAGAAGGAUGUGGACAAAUUGGAGAGUGUUCAGUGGAGGACAGCAAAAAUUAUUAGGAGACCUAGGCAUAUGAUUUAUGAAGAGAAGGUCAGGGAACUGGAGUUAUUUAGUCUGCAGAAGAAAAGAGUGAGGGGGGAUUUGAUAGCAGCCUUCAACUACCCGAAGGAGAGUUCCAAGGAGGAUGGAGCUCAGCUGUUCUCAGUAGUGGCAGAUGACAGAACAAGGAGCAAUGGUCUCAAGUUGCAGUGGGGGCGAUCUAGGUUGGAUAUUAGGAAAAACUUUUUCACUAGGAGGGUGGUGAAGCACUGGAAUGGGUUCCCUAGGGAGGUGGUACAAUCGCCAUCCUUAGAGGUUUGUAAGGCCUGGCUUGACAGAGGAGGCUGCAUUCCUGUGCCAAAUAGUCACUAGAAGGAGGCAGACAAAAGCCUUUAAGAUGAGGUGUCCAUCACUGUCAAAAUAUCUCCCUCCUUCAGCUCACUGGCAGCCUGAAUUUCUUCCUUAUCCUACCAGAGUCUUGUCUGGACUCAGCACUUUCCAGCCCCUCUGUAUGUAGUGGGCAAAAACCACACAUCUUGUCUUUAAAACAAGCUGUCCCCUUCCUUCUUAGGGAAGAUUUUUCUAUGAUUGAAGUUGAGCUUCAGUUCCCCUCUCCUGGGGGCAGGUUGGGUGUGGGGCCAGCUCCCAAUGAUAUCUGUUUUCACCUUUGCCCCCUAACUCUGCUCCCAGCUGUCCGGCAGCUUCCAGCCCAUCCACUCUGCUUACUAGCUCCAUGGUCAUGUGUAACCCCCUUUGCCAGCACACGUAGCCUGCAGGAAAGCUGCUCCUGCCAGCUGUGUUGGUGGUAUAGUGGUGAGCAUAGCUGCCUUCCAAACAGUUGACCUGGCUUCAAUUCUCAGCCAAUGCAAUAAUGGCUUUACUCUUUUGUUGGUUCCUUGUCUAGAAGUGGUUUAAUUUCAGUCACAUUGUGUUACAAUCACAUUAUCAAUAGAAUGAAACAAUAAAUGUGUCAAAGCCCAGCAGGUCACACAGGAGGGAGGAAUACAAGGGGCUGGAAUGUGUCAUCUGAGAAGACAGAACACUUGGAAACCUGCAUCUCCCAUCUCCUGGCCUUCUGUGUUAUGAUUCCAGCUGUGUGCGAUGUUUGUAUCAUGUUCCUGCAUGAUGGGGAAAUAAAGUUUUGAGUCAGUUUUUGCUCCUACA